AUGGUCGGAAAAUCUUCUUCGUUUCCCAGUACUAUCGAUGGAACUAAAAAAAAAUCACCCAAAACAAAGAACGGGGAAAUAAAAAAAAAAGGAAACGAAAUACCAAGUAUUGAAUUGACAACUACCUUGGAUACUAGCCGUUUAUCAUAUGACCAUACUAUUAAUGAUACAAAACAAAAAAACAGCGGUGUACUGGUACAUGAACAAACAGGAACAAAGACAGAACAGUAUCACGAUGAAUUUCCCCUUUCCACAAACCAAUUGUCAGAAUUACAUGACCCUAAAUCAUUAAGAAGUUAUUGUAAGUUAUUUAAAAACAAAGAGGAUAAUUUAUACAAGUAUUUGAAAACGGACAAAAAAAGAGGCAUUGAUUUUGAUAACGUUUCCCUAGGAUCCUCAUCAGAUGAAGUGGAGGAAACACCGGACGAACAGGAAUUUCUUAAAAAAGUAGAAAAAACACCACGGUUCCAAAAAUACGGGAUCAACACAUUACCCGAAAGACCAACAAAAUCUUUUUUCAGUUUGGUUUGGGAAGCGCUGCAGGAUAAAACAAUGAUCGUUUUGUCCAUAGCAGCUGUUGUUUCAUUUGCCUUGGGGCUAUACGAAACGUUUGGGCAACCCCCUGAAUUUGAUGAUGAGGGGAAUCCUAUUCCUAAAGUUGAUUGGGUCGAAGGUGUCGCCAUUAUGAUUGCUGUGGUUGUUGUUGUUUUGGUUGGUGCUGCUAACGACUAUCAAAAGGAAUCGCAAUUUGCUAAAUUGAACAGGAAAAAAGAGGAUAGGUCGGUAACGGUUAUUAGAAAUGGGGACGAACAUUUAGUUUCUAUCCAUGAAUUAAUGGUAGGUGACUUGAUAACUUUACAAACCGGAGAUGUUGUACCUGCUGAUUCCGUUUUGGUUGAUGGGUCUUGUGACUGUGAUGAGAGCGCCUUGACUGGUGAAUCUGAUUCGAUGAAAAAAAUACCACUGGGUGAAAGUUUAGCAAAGUUACAGAAUGAAAACGAUAGUGACGCGGAUAUUACCACAAAGAAAAAAUUUCCAGAUCCAAUGUUAAUUUCUGGGUCUAAAUUGUUAUCCGGUUUAUGUAAAGCUGUUGUUACUGCAGUUGGUACCAACUCUGUUCAUGGGAGAACUAUGCUUUCGUUACAGGUUGAAGACGAAGUUACUCCUUUACAAGCAAGACUAAGUGAAUUGGCCGAUAACAUUUCUAUAUAUGGGUCUGUUGCCGCUUUGAUUUUGUUUUUAAUUUUAUUUAUCAGGUUUUUGGUAUAUCUAGCUCCCGGUCGCGAAUUUAAUGAUUUGACACCUGCUCAAAGGGCUAGCAAAUUUAUGGACAUUUUUAUUACUGCAAUCACUGUUAUAGUUGUUGCUGUUCCGGAGGGCUUGCCCUUGGCGGUCACUUUAGCCUUGGCAUUUGCCACAACAAGGAUGACAAAAGAUGGGAAUUUGGUUAGAGUUUUAAGAAGUUGCGAAACUAUGGGAUCGGCUACUGCUGUUUGUUCAGACAAAACAGGUACACUAACCAAAAAUAGGAUGACUGUUGUUAAGGGCUUCAUCAACGGUACUGUUUUUGACGAUAGUGACUAUGCAGAGAACAGAGAUCAACUCGAUUCUAAAGUUGUUUUCCAAAAACUUCCUUCGGAUCUUGUCAGUGAUUUGCUGAUCAAUAUUUCUUUAAACUCUACAGCUUUUGAAAAUAAAGAUUUCUUGCACAAGAGCUCCAAUAAGUUGAAUGAUAACCCCUUCAAAAGAAAAAAGAAGUUUUCCUUAUUUAAUAAAAACAACAGUGAUGAUGAAUUGUUUAAAAACAUGGGCGAAGCUAACCAAGACCCCUUUAUUGGAUCCAAAACGGAAACCGCUCUACUCUCAUUGGCGACUAAAUCUUUAGACAUGAGCAAUUUACAAAAGUGCCGUGAUGACCCUAAAUCACAAGGCUUAGAUGUUGCAAGAAUUGUUCAAGUGAUCCCCUUUGAAAGUUCGAGAAAAUGGAGCGGGAUUGUUGUCCAGAAAGCUGAUGGUAAGUUUAGAUUUUUUGCCAAGGGUGCCUCUGAGAUUUUGCUUUCGCGAUGUGACUUGACAAGAGUUGCCAACGACAAGUUGGUGCCUAUUGAUCAAGACGAGUAUACUUUAAUUAUUUCUAGAAUCAAGGAUUUGGCGGGUGAAGCUUUGCGUACUAUUGCUUUGGUGCAUAGAGAUUAUGACGAUUUAAAGUCUUGGCCACCAAGAGACUGUCAGGACCAAUUCGAAAACGACAAGGCGGAUCCUGACAUGUUGUUGGGUGCAGAGUUGAAGGACAGGGCUGCUGGUUCUACUAGCAAUAAUAGUACUGUUUUGGAUACCAUUGUUGGGUUGCAAGAUCCAUUGCGUGAUGGUGUUAAAGAAUCAGUCGAACAGUGCCAAAGUGCUGGUGUGACUGUGCGCAUGGUUACCGGUGACAAUUUAAUAACCGCAAAGGCCAUUGCAAAAAAUUGUGGCAUUUUACAUCCAGAUGAAUAUGAAAACCCAACAUGCGCUAUGGAAGGACCUGCUUUUAGGAAGUUGACGGAAAGGGAAAGAAUGGAAAUUUUACCCAAGUUAAGAGUUUUGGCAAGGUCAUCUCCCAACGAUAAAAGAGUUCUAGUCGGUACUUUAAAAAAGAUGGGGGAUGUGGUUGCUGUUACUGGUGAUGGUACCAACGAUGCUCCUGCUUUGAAGUUGGCCGAUGUUGGGUUUUCUAUGGGUAUAUCUGGUACUGAGGUUGCCAGGGAGGCUUCCGAUAUCAUCUUAAUGACCGACGAUUUUUCUGCUAUUGUGAAUGCUAUCAAAUGGGGAAGGUGUGUUGGGUCUUCUAUUAAAAAAUUUAUUCAGUUCCAAUUGACUGUUAAUAUCACUGCAGUUGUGUUAACAUUUGUUUCUGCCGUUGCAUCUAAAGAAGAGAAAUCGGUUUUAACAGCGGUCCAGUUGUUAUGGGUGAAUUUAAUUAUGGAUACGUUGGCUGCCUUGGCUCUUGCUACCGAUAAGCCUGAUAAGUAUAUUUUGGAUAGAAAGCCAAAGGGAAGAAACGCUCCCUUGAUCGCCGUAUGUAUGUGGAAAAUGAUUCUAGGACAAGCCACUUUGCAAUUAGCAGUCACUUUUACUUUGCAUUUUGCAGGCGAACAGAUCUUUUUCGGCAAAGGUGCCAAAGUGACGGAUCACCAAAAGGAGCAAAUAAGUGCGCUAACUUUUAACACCUUUGUGUGGCUACAAUUUUUCAAGUUAAUUGUCACCAGAAAAUUGGACGAAGGAGAUGGUAUUAAAAAAGUUAAAGACAGAAUUACCAAGGAAAAUUUAGAUUUUUUUGAAAAUUUGUUUAGAAAUUAUUAUUUUAUUGUGAUUAUAUCCAUUAUUGGGGGCUUCCAAGUCUUGAUUAUGUUUGUUGGCGGUGCUGCGUUUUCUAUUGCAAAACAAACGGGUGCUAUGUGGGCGACUGCUAUUAUCUGUGGUAUGCUUUCUUUACCCGUAGGUGUCAUCAUUAGGAUUAUACCAGAUGAAUGGGCUGUUAAAGCUUAUCCAUCAAGAAUUAUGGACCCAUUAUUCUAUAUUAUUGGAUUCGAGUUUAUGAGAAAGGGCAAUAAGACCAAGAUACGGACCGACGAUCAUAGAGCUGUUGAAGAAGAACAUUCACUAUUGAAGAAUGAAAGCACUGACAAUAUUAUAAGAACUCAGGUGUUUGAGCGAGCCAAGGAUGAUUUCAGAAGAAAUAAUUUAAAGAAUGAAAAUACCUUGAAUCCGGUAAAGAUGUAUCAGAAGUGGAGGAGAAAAUCUGAUGCAUCAGUGAAUUCUCAUAGCGAAGCAAGUGAAGACCUGUCCUCAAUUAUCGCACCCCUAACCAUGGUACCGACAUUGGUUGGUGGUGCUGUGGGCGGAUUUUCUGCUAUAGGUCAAGAAACAUCACAUACAUAG